UAGUUUUAAUUUUUCAACGAUGCUGCUUACAUAAUCUUCUACGUAACUUGUAUGACACAUCUACAGAAUCAUCCAGAAACUUCAAAGUUUACAAGCACUAUAACUUAUUUAAAACAACAUAGCUUCUAAGAAGGUAGAGCUUGGAUGUAAUAUUAAUAAUAUUAUGUACGUUUAGAUAAACAAUCGUGACUCAAAGUGGAUGUUACAUCAAGUUCCUAGAUUACAAAUAUUGAACACCCUGUUGGCAUCCAGUUUUAUAUGUAAGCAAUUAAAAGGUAGACACUGGAAUAAUUUCAGCUUAUUUAGUUAUCUCCUUAAGACUUUAACUGUCCGUUUCUUUACCAUGUAGAGACUGCAUUUUUACGAGCCAUAACUUUACUCUCUUUAUGUUAAGCAAAUACCUUUAACCUUAUUCAUCUUUUGUUCGUAAACCCUUUGUUCUUCGCAGUUCAGUUGUAAGCUUUCGUGAAAAUUUUGCUUCGACCGAAGUCUACAUCUAAUAGAGUGGCCAAUAUUUUUCUAAAAGCUACGGAGAAACCAGUUUCUGAGCCAAUAAAAGGUCGCACCGGUACUUAAACAUUUUAUACAAUCAUUUAAAUGUUGUUGUGACAGAUUCCCGUUUUAUAUGUACAGUAUUUUAAUUAUAAUUGCAACGUAAAUUGUAGUUUCCACAUAUUUUUAAUCUCCUUGCUUUACAACAAGUAAGAAACAUAACCGGACUCCCGCGUAAGCCCCUCGUGGUUCUCGCUCGCACUCGGCGGCUCUCGCGUUUGGCGCCAAAGCCUUCGCGCGUUGUCUCUGUCGCUCGCGUGCGCCUGCGCAGCCUGUCACUGCGCGCCGACUCCACGUACAGUCGUACAUGACGCCUCUCUACCGGAGCGCGUACCGAGCGUGUUUAUUUUGUGUUUAAUCGAACUUGUGCAUUUGUUACAUCCAAAACACAAUAACAAACCCGGAUAGCACUUCGCAGUGACCCCUGUUGUGCAAACACUACAGAGUGAAAGUGCCGUGUCCCAGUGAAAUGUGUCAGUGUUAAAGGUCAUUAUCAUAUAAAAUCGUGUCCUAAUCAAGUGAACGGUAGUGAUGCGGACUAAAGUGAGACGAUGAUUAAGUUUCGGUAUAAACGUAAGGAGUCGAAUGAUGGCGGGAAGAGCGGGACAGCGAUACAGAAGCAGAAGAUUGAGGGUCUGCGGGACCGGGAGCUGCUGCCUCCUAAGGACAUGUUGCUGACUGGCUCGCUGGCGGGGGUCCGGAACAACACGCUGCCUCGCUCGCGCCCGGCCUCCGCCGCGCGGCGUGAACCCCCGGAGCCACUAGUCAGCCAAACUACUAUCACGCUGUUUAGAGAAUUGUUCACACAGCUGCAAUGGUCAGCGGAGCGCGCCCCCGCGGCCGACGGGCUGCGGCGUGCGCUGGGCGGCGGCGGCGCCCGCUUCCAGCUCGGCUGCAUGGCCGACGCCAGCGAGUGCUUCGAGCACCUGCUACUCCGAGUCCACGCCCACGUGGCCGCCGGCUCCGGUGACAGGAGGGACGACGACGCCUGCCGGGCCCCGCACUGCGUACCCCACCGAAAGUUCGCCAUGAUGCUGGUCGAACAAUCUGUAUGCAGCGCCUGCCAAGCAACGUCCGAACCUCUGCCCUUCACUCAGAUGGUGCAUUAUGUGUCAGCUACAGCUUUAACAACUCAAGCCGCUUUGGGUGAACAUGGAGACAGUUUCGGCCUGCUUCUUAGAAAAGCAGGAGGAAUGGGCGAUAUAAGAGACUGUCCAAAUGCGUGUGGAGCAAAAAUACAGAUUUGCAGAACACUCAUGAAUCGGCCUGAAGUUGUAUCGAUUGGCAUGGUGUGGGACUCUGAGCGUCCCUCAGCAGAACAUGUGGCGGCCGUGUACGCAGCGCUCGGCACAGAGCUCCGGCCUACCGACGCUUUCCACGCAUGCGUGGACCGUUCGUGGGCUGCCCGAGCCACCCACCGGCUCGUCGGCCUCGUCACCUACUACGGCAAGCACUACUCCACCUUCUUCUUCCAUAGUAAACUCCGCCUAUGGAUAUACUUCGAUGAUGCGGAUGUCAAAGAAAUAGGACCGGAGUGGUCACACGUCGUGGAAAAAUGUCAAAGAGGACGAUUCCAGCCGCUCCUUCUUUUGUAUGCUGCGGUUGAUGGAACGCCGUGUGACACUCGUCAUGCUCCUAAAGAUGUUGUUCCAUUCCCGGCACCCGAACCGCGUCGAGCUGUGACGCCGGCGCCCGAACGUCCGGCGACUGGGUUCGCUCGACGAGCCGUCACUCCAGGCCCAGACAAUGAGAGUGACUACAUAAGCAGAAAAGCUGUAGAGAACAUGCUGGAAGUUCAAGCGAACCGCCGCGCACAACUGAAUCGUAGUUUGAGUACUGGUUCCGGAUCGGACACCCAAGAAAGGCCGCGUGCUCGGCGGGACUCUGGAAACUGGAGUGGAGAUCGUAACAGUGCAUCUUCUGCAUCUUCAUCCACGGCUGAAAGCCCAUACAUGUAUCCAAGAGGUCGUGGCGCGGGCAGCAUUCCCAGCAGCCCCACACGCAAAGGAGAACUCUCUAGUGGCGGCUCGUGUGAUGCGGGUUAUGACUCUUACUCUCUGUCAUCCACCGAUAGCCUACCACUACAACAAGGUCUACGACACAACCUACAGCUGGCUCAAAUACCAGAAAUAACAACACGUGGUGAAUGUGAAGCUCUUUGUUUAGAAGCUGACAGACUCCUAGAAAAGUCUCGUAACGCUGAAGACUCAGCUGAUUAUGAAACAGCUCUAGUGCUAUGCGACGCUGCUGCCACUAAGGCUCGUGUGGCAAUGGACGCACCAUACAAUAACCGCCACAUGGUGACUUUCGCUCGCAUGAAACAUAACACAUGCGUAAUGCGUGCGCGCAGUCUACAAAGGAGGAUGGCGGGCAUGACUAGAGUCACAGAAAUACAACCAACUGCUCCAAUCAGAAAUACAAAAGGUGGUCUGGAAACAUCACCAAUGACUAUCGAAAUCUAUGCCACGCUUCCUAAAAAGAAGGGCUCUUCAAAAAAGUCUCCCAAAUGUAUUGAAGACGAUAUCGACACGGUAACACGUGAGCGCCCGCCUAGACACAAGUCUAGGGAUGAUGAAAAAGUCAGAGAAAAACGUUCUAGAAGUGAAGACCGGAGUCGUGCUCGAAAAGAAGCGCCAGUCGUUAAACCUGUCGAGAAAAAAGAGGAGUCAGCGGAAGAUAAAAAAGCUAACAAGAAACAACACAAAAUACGAAGAAAAUUAUUAAUGGGAGGUUUAAUUCGUAGAAAAAAUAGAUCGAUGCCAGAUUUGACCGAAGGAGCUGACGCAAAUAAUGAGGCGAACAACAAAGAGAAGCGUGUCUCUUCCGUCGAUGACACCGAAGUUGGAAGAACUACCGAGGAUAAGACGAAUUUAAGCGGGUAUUUAUCUGAAGGACAUUUAGAGUACUCAGUAGCAAGCGGCACCAACCCUAACCUCGAGAGAAGUAAACUAAUGAGAAAAAGUUUCCAUGGGAGCGCCGGAAAGAUGCUGACAGCAGCAAAAGUACCUCCUCCACCACCUCUACGCACAACUUCACAACUAACAGCCUCUAAAUAUGCAUACACAGAACACGGCAAAGGGGCAUAUCCAACGGAAAUUGAAGAAGACGGCGGCUUCUCGGAACAAUACGGAGACGAACCUCAAUCUUUGCCGUUUUUGCACUCUUAUGAUGACAAAAAUGGAGGUCAUUAUGACAGGCUAGACACAUCGCCGUCACAAAACUUCCACACUGUGGUGACUAAAGCAAUGAUUCAUCAAGAGCAAAGCCCCGUGAAAAGGGAUACGAUGCAGCCAUUGCAGCCAACCCACAACACAAUUCAAAAUCUCACGAAUAGUUUUGAUAACGGUGUAGAUGUGGUUGACUGUGCUCUCCCGAUGAGGAGGUCGCCCACAAUGUUUGAGUUGCCACCAUACCCCAGUCCCAUGAAUUCUGUAAACCACUCACGACAACCCAGCGAAGAGUUCCCGCCACCUCCACCACCUAUUGAUUUAACACCACUACAAGACGAACUUGAGAAAAUACAUAAUGUUAGUGAAAUGUCCAUGGCUAACGACCUGGAAGUCGCGAAAGGAUCUCUCUUGGCAAGUUUGCAGGAAAAAAGAAAUCAAAUAUUGAGGAAUGAGGAGAGCCCACAAAUUCUUCAAAUUGAAAAGUUAAACGUUCACCCAUCUUUACUAAAGGAGCUGCAAGCUAAACAAGCAGCUUUUAAAUUGAAACGUUCAGGCUCUUUAGAGGGGCAGCUUUCAUCUCCAGUGGAAAGUCACAAUUUGUACGAAAGUAACAAUAAUGUAAGAAAUAUUGCCUCGAGAUUUGAAAAUAAUGCCCAAAAUGUAUCACAAGAAGGUGACAGAACGCAUAUCGGUUUUGUGGGUAUGAGUGGAAAUAGAGACGUUAUCAACUGUUCUGAUCAAACUAAUGCCGGACUCAAUCGGCGCGCGUCGGCAUCGUCAAUUGAUCCGAAACAAAUCGAAGAGGAGCAAUGCGAACAGAAGUCAGUUGCGAACACAUAUGGUGACAGAAACAAACCUAAAAAGAAAUCGGUGUCGUUCUGUGACCAAGUGAUCUUAGUAUCAACGGCCGAAGACCAAGAGGAUGACAGUUACAUUCCAAAUCCCAUCCUAGAAAGAGUUUUGAAAUCGGCCAUGAACAAGCCAGAGCUAACAACUAUGCCACUGCAGUCGGACAAGCCAUCCUUACAGCGACAGGACUCCUUUGACAGUCAGUCCUCUAGGUCCACUAUAUCUUCACUGUCACAAAACUCAUUUGCGCCCAACGAGAAUGCGCAUGCAGAGUAUGUUCGAUUACAAAACAACUACCCAGCGUAUCAGAUGCCACCAAAUCGUGCACCGUUGCAGCAGCAGUACAAUGCACAAAAGAAUAACAGUGUUUACGGAACGAAUUCGCCCGUUCAAACUGCACAAAAUCAAAGUGCAAUAAACAAUAAUCAAAUUUAUCAAGCGCUUCCCACCAAUACGCCGCAGAACACCACAAGUCCGAUACCUUACAACCAACCGCCGUCCGUCUACUCAAAUCACAGCAACGCUAGCCCACCGAACUUUAGCCAAACGCCUGCGAACCGACUGACGCCCACGCAUAACCCUGCCUACAUGCCUAAGCACCCUGUCAACAUGCAGAGGCCUCUACCCAACGCAUGCCACCCACCUACACAGCUUCAUCCUAUGAACCCAGCUAUCAACAACGCUUAUUAUCACCGAGUACCACAAACAGCAAGCGCUUCCACGAUGCCCAACAACAACUACGCUACGAACCGUCAGUACGGUCACAACAUGCCAAACACCAAUCACACAUCUUAUCAAAGCGUGCCCACCAAUUCGCCGGCUUACCAGAGCUAUCAUAACCCACCGACAAGCUACGCAGGCUCCGAAUAUUCUAGUCGAUAUCCACAGACCAAUAGUACAAACCACUACACAUCGUCGUCGUACCAAAGGGUUCCCCCGCCCCACGGCGACGUUCCUAUUGAGAACUACAACACAAUCCCACAGAAAAUGACAAAUAACUACUAUGUAGACAACCCAUCCGGUCAGCCCCGUGUCCAGGACACAAGGCACUACGCCAACACGCAGCAGCAACGCAUGUAUGGCCAAAAUGUUAAUUUAGAAAAUAAUGUUAACAACGAGCAGAUCGGACAAUACCAGUAUGCUCAGAACGGUUACAAUCCGUAUCAACACAUACCUCCACCUAAGCAAUUGCAGAAAAAGUCUGUAUCAUUCGAGCCGGGCACUAAGGGGGGAACGGACUCGCCCAUACCUCCGCAAAUGAACGGCAACCCCCCCUACCCGGGAGACGCACAGGCCUCACAGAAGACGCUGUGCAACUUGUGUCGAAAGAAAACCGUCGGCUCCCCGGCCAUGUAUUGUCCAGAUUGUGACUUUUACAUGUCCAGGUUCAAACCCCGCUCAUAGCAUAAAACUAAUUAUGCGUAAAACAUACUCAAUAGUGUAACUAUAACAAAUUGUUUUGUAAAUUAUAUUCUUGUGGAAUGUUAGUUGUUCAAUGUAUUAUGUACCUAUAAUGUAAUAAAAGAGAUGAUUAAACAGAUAUUAAAAUAGAUUUAUUGUAAGUAUUAGGGCUUGACUGAUCUCAUGUGCGAAAAUAUUUUUUUAUAAACUUUCAGACUUAUAAUUUGUAAGAAUUGUAUGAUUGUAACCUUUUUCAUAAAGUGCCUUAGUCUCGUAAAUAAAAAUAUGGAUGUUUGUUCUAACAUCUUAAAUCAAUAAAUUAUUCCGUUUUAAGUAAAGUAA